GCAGCGUAGUCUUUUUGUCAACGCGACCGCCAUCGCAUAUUUCCCCCCGCGAGAGUGGGGCGUCGUGGCGCGAGAGGGGGUUUGGGGCUCUUGGCAACGUCCGUCCAUGGCGGGAACCUCUGCUGCAUCUUCUUCCUCUCUUUCUAUCGGAGAUUGUGAGGUCAAAGUUGAAGGUGAUGCGUUCGCUUUUGAGCACAACUCUGAUGUCUUGGAGAUUUCGGUUCCCAGCGCGUCGACGAUCAAAGUUUCUGUUCAGAAGACGAAGCAAUGUUCCUCGAGGAACCGAGGCCGCGGACGUUCUGGUGUUUUGAGUACGCCGAAAGGAUCGGAUUCUGUAACAAAGACUGAAGGGAAGGAACUUCCUGCGGCGUGUCAAGAUUACUCUUUUGUGGUUCUCAACCCAAAGGAUGCUGAUCGUUCUGGAAAAUUGCUUCUGCAAGAUGUUCUAAAGGUUUACAAGAAAGAACUUCCAUCAAUGAAGUAUGCUGCAAAUACUGGAAAAGAAUCACAAUUUCUCGAGCGCUGUGUUUUUGGCGGGAAGUAUUGCACACUACUUUUAAGAUCCAAUGCUGUCAAUGUAACUGGAGGGGUAAUUGCUGCUGUGUCAUAUCAGAUAAUAUUUCCAGAUACACAAUUUGCUGAAGUUCCUGUGGUUGCUGUUUGUUCAGAUUAUCAACACAAGGGAAUUGGUUGCCUUUUGUAUGUGGAACUGAGAAAGAGGCUUCAAAACAUUGGUGUUUCAACUCUUUUUUGCUGGGGUGACAGGGAAUCAGAAGGAUUUUGGCUAAAACAGGGAUUUGUGACAAUAGCUGAGGUUGACACCAAGGGUAAGGGUCGCAAGCUUCCCAUUAAAGCUGAUAUCCGCAGGGCAUUGUCCUUCCCUGGUGAUUCCAUUCUAAUGGUAUCACACCUCAACAAAGGCAAGAUCGAUAAUGCUUUUCCUCCUAAAAUUGUGAGAGUACGUGGCAAGCAAGGGUUGCCUUCGAUACAGACAGAGGAGCUUAUUACUAAAUCGCCUCCAAGUGAUGCUUUUGAAACAGGAUUAUGUGAUGAUUCUUCAAAACAUUCGGUUCAAGAAAACAAAGAUGCAGCCAACCCAGCCAACAUGCAGUUGGAAAGAUCCAAUGCGGAUCAUUUUAGAGAUAUGAAAUAUGUAGAUGCAUCUCCUGGUGAUACAAAGGUGAAAUCAGUGGAAGAUAGUUCAAAAGAUGCUCUUAUUAACCAGCAUUGCUCCUGUUCUGGAUUGAAGUCCAAGAGAGCAUGGGAAGCAUCCUGUUCCUCCUUAAACUCAAAGAGAGUCAAGGGCCAUCAUUUUGACUGCAGUCUUAUUCCCCAUAAGGGUCUUAACUUUGAGGAUUCUGGCAAGAGUAAAGCUGAUUAUUGUAGAGAGAUGCACAUCAAUGGGGCUGUCUCUGUAAUCCCUCAUGAUUGCGAUGAAGAAAGUGGAUACCUUGAUGGUAGAGUUGAUGGAACUGAAGAUGUCAAGGUCUCAUUGUUGCAGUCAGAAGUACAAAAUCCUGUCCUCAUGUUGAUGAAUAUUGCUGAUGAGUUCAAAAAGACGCAGCUUACAGAGAUAAUUCGAGGGUUGCAUGGUUCUGUUAGUGCCUAUGGAAAUGCCUGCACACAUGUAGUCACUGGAAAAGCAAGGAGCACUUUGAAUUUCUGCACUGCUCUUUGUUCUGGGGCAUGGAUUGUCUCAUCCAGCUGGCUGAAAGCUAGUGUUCGGGAAGGCAUGUUUGUAGAGGAAUUACCAUUUAUCCUGGAAGAUGAAGAUUAUCUGUCAAUUUAUAAGUCAGAGCUGAAGGAUACAGUUCUUAGAGCACGGAGAAACCCCCAUGGCCUGCUUAAGGGAUAUGAUCUCUAUCUUUCUCCAAAUGUUCAACCUCCAGUUAUUAUGCUCAGUGAAAUCAUUAAGUCAGCUGGUGGUAAAGUUCUCUUGAGUCUGGAUGAAGUACAGGAACCAUCAGGGACUAUUGUGGUGACAUGUGAGGAUGACAUGGAAGAAGCGUUGCUUGCAGUUAAGAGAGGGAUAUGGACUUACAGUAGCGACUGGUUCAUAAAUUGUAUUAUGAGGCAGGAGCUUGACUUUGACGCACCCCAAUUUGCAGAAUCCCUGUAAGGGAACAACCUUUGCCUUAUUUUUGUACAGUGCAUCCUUCUUUUACACAUUUAUGUGCAAGUUGUACAGGAGUUUGGUUUUGCAGAAGGCAAUGUGCAACUUUGGCCCCUAAGCAAAAAGAGAAAAAGGGGUGUUGAGGGACUGAAACGUGCAUGUUUAGAUUAGAUGAUCUUUUUGUAAGAAUGUUCAUAUCGAAAUUUCUCUCAUACUUUUUCAACGGAUGUACUGAAAGCUUGACGCUGUGAAAAGGUUAACAUGCAAAACUCGCAAGUCUUUCUCAGUGUCGUCA